CAACACUUUGACUCGGACCUUCCUCUCCCAGUAGUAAAGUUAGAUCUCUCAGCAAACUCCUUGACCAGAAUUCCCGACUUCAGCAACCUCCGGAAUCUCAGAAAGCUCAUCCUCGAUUACAAUAAGAUACAGGCUCUUCCUGAGGGAGCUUUCGAUGACCUGGUGUCACUGGAGGAACUGAGUCUCAGUGGAAACGGAAUCCGGGUUAUCCCUGAGAACAUCUUCGACCCUCUCGAGAACCUCAAAUAUUUAACCCUGUCUGCAAACAACAUCGAGAACUUUGGUGUAAAUGCACUGGGAGAUCUGGAAAAUCUGGAUACAUUUGAUAUCUCAAACAACAACCUGCAAUCAAUUCCUCAGAAUUUUCUGGAUGUGUUUGCACCCUAUAUCUACCUUUACAAUAAUCCAUGGCACUGUCAGUGUGACACUGUGGAACGUCUGAUUGAAUGGAUUCAGUUCAAUGAUGGUAAUAUCUAUAACAGCAGAAAGGAGGCGGAUUUAAAAAGUGUUGUUUGUUCAACUCCACCUGAAUGGUUUGGGACACCAAUUAUCGAUUUCCCUUUUAAGCAAAUCUGUCAGAUCAUUACAACGCCCGAAAUGGUCCCUCAGACAUCCACUGUUACAGAAAGACCCCAAAUCACCACUGCACACAGGCACUUAAUAACAACACCACCUCUGGGGGCUUGUGCUGGAUACACUGAUCUAGCAGGUAAACCAGGGAUUAACUGUAGUCAUCGCUCCCUCGUGUCUGUCCCUCGUUCUCUCCCACUGGACACAGAGAUCCUCUUACUGAGCUGCAACAAUCUCACCACGGUGGCUUUAAGCUCAUUUGAAAUCUUCUCAAAUCUCAGUGACCUUGACCUUUCCAACAACAUGAUUCAACACUUUGACUCGGACCUUCCUCUCCCGGUAGUAAAGUUAGAUCUCUCGGCAAACUCCUUGACCAGAAUUCCCGACUUCAGCAACCUCCGGAAUCUCAGGAAGCUCAUCCUCGACCACAAUAAGAUACAGGCUCUCCCCGAGGGAGCUUUCGAUGACCUGGUGUCACUGGAGGAACUGAGUCUCAGUGGAAACGCAAUCCGGGUUAUCCCUGAGAACAUCUUC